AUGUUGUGUCUAGUUGUAGUAUCAGUACUACUUGCUUGCAGUUCAUUGGGUGCAAGUCAUCCAAGUACAGGAAUAAGUAGCAGAAUUGUUGGAGGACAUGAUACGACCAUAGAAAACUAUCCAUACCAAGUUUCAUUAUUAUUUGGUAAUACUCACAGUUGCGGAGGUUCUUUAAUAUCAAGAAAUUGGGUUCUGACAGCUGCUCAUUGUAUCUCUAAGGAAAAAUAUAAUGUACGUGUUGGAAGCACUAUAAAAGAACAAGGAGGUGUCGUCCACAAAGUUAAAGCUCAAUAUAGUCAUACGUUCAACCAAAGUACAGCUGACUUUGAUUAUGCACUUUUGGAAUUGGAAACACCUGUAGAACUUAAUGACAAAGUUCAGAUAAUAAAAAUUGCUGAUGAAGGAUCUGAGUUGAAACCUGGUGCUAGACUCGUUGUAACCGGAUGGGGAUUAACCGAUCCUGCUCCGCCAACCAACAUUCUUCAAGAAGUUGAGGUCCCUUUUAUACCUCAAGAAGAGUGCGAAAAAGCCUAUCCAGGACGUCUUACUGACCGAAUGUUCUGCGCUGGGUCCGAGGAUGGUAAAGGCAUUUGUAACAACGACUCUGGAGGCCCCAUUGUAUUUGAUGGUGUCCAAUAUGGUAUCGUCUCAUGGUCUGAGAAAUGUGGACACUUGGGUGUACCAGGAGUUUAUGCAAAAAUCUCAACAGCUCGAAAAUGGAUUAAGAGUGUGUCGGGAGUCUGAUUGUAAUUUAUUUUAAAAUAUAUAUAGAUAUACUCGUUAAA